AAUAUACUAAUCUGUGGAUACUCAGCUGUCGUCUGUCUACAUCAGCUGAGUGCUACUAACAACACUGAAUCAACUUCGAAUUGAUUACGUUUCGAUAAAAAAUGAGUGAAAUUAUUGUUUUAUUUGAUGGGUUCUCAAACAUGAGUGGAAAAGAUCAGUUAGAUGCCAAUUGCAGUUGUACUCUGAUAAAAGGAAUGCAUAAUAUUAUUGUUGACACCAUGACAGCUUGGGAUGCGGAUAAGAUAAAAAAUGCCCUACAACAAAACCAAAUGAUACCUGAAGCAAUAAACUAUGUUGUGUCAACACAUGGACAUUCAGACCAUGUAGGAAAUAACAAUCUCUUUUUAAAUGCAAAACAUAUUGUUGGGUUCAGUAUAUCAUUUAGAGAAAAAUAUUUUAUGCACCCUUUUGAUAAAGGUGAAGAAUACAAAAUUAAUGAUAGUGUGAAAGUGAUACCAACCCCUGGACACACACAAUCUGAUGUCACAGUAAUUGCAACAACUAGAAGAGGAGAAGCAAUAGCUAUUACUGGUGAUUUAUUUGAAAGACGUGAAGAUAUUGAAAAUCCUAGUAUUUGGUUGGAAGCUGGAAGUGAAGACCCAGUACAGCAAAUGAAGAACAGAUCGAAAGUCGCAGAUUCAGCAAGCUGGAUUGUACCCGGUCAUGGUACUAAAUUUCGAGUGACUGAUGAAAUAAGACAAAUAUUAAGGAAACAAGCUCAAGAUAGUUCAUAGUAAAAAAUUCAAGUCCAUAAUGUAACUUUGAUAUUUUACUGCUGCAGAAAUAAAAAUACGAAAUAUUGAAGAAAAAA